AUGGUGAAGCACGAGUGCAGAUAUCAAGGAUGCAAGAUUUAUACCGAUAGCUCAAGUCUUCGGAAACACAUAAAAAAGGAGCAUGGUGCUGAGGAGACUGGUAGACGACGGCAGAAAAAGAUCGAGAAGAACAAAAAGAACAAGAAGAAGGAUUGUGGCUCAGAAGAUCGAGAAAGCAGCCACGGCCCUGACUCUGGAGGACAUUUACCGGAAAAUCCGGGCCGGGUGGAGACGGUUGGAAUGUACGAUCCAAACUAUGUGCCUAAUCGAGAAGGGGAGACGAAUGUGGCAAAUGGAAAUGAGAGGCCGAUCAACGGGCCUGGGUUCACCGGAUAUCUCACUGCUGAUCUCGUAAACGAAGAAACCGUAGAACUAGACGCGAUUGAGAUGGGACUCUCAGAAGCGAGACCUGAAGACAAUCAUAUCUACAGAAAUGCAAACUUUGUGCCGCUGUUAACUCCAACUCCAUCAUGGCAACCCAUUAUUUGCCGUUUCAUCAAGGACCCAUUAUGGGGAGCGAUUCUGAGCCACGACGAACGUUUUAUGCGCCUUGCCAUGACCUGCCAAGAAGCCAAAUACCGGCACACUGGAGCUCACAAGAAGUUCAUCCUCAUG